AUGGCAGGGAAUAAGAAGCCUCGUGGCAUUCGUCAUGAUCGCCACUGUUAUCACUGUCGCAUGCAUGGCAUCAAGUGCGAUCUUAAUCGGCCCCGAUGCCAACCAUGUCAACAGCAAGAUGCAUCCUGCCAAUAUCCCCAAAGGGUGAAAUGGAUGAGCGAGAAGACCGCACCAGCACUAAAGACAUCACCUCAAACAUCCCCAUCAUUAUCUUUGUCCCCAUUGUCGACCAUACCAGCCGAGCAACAUGAUCAACUUGGCCAGACGGAUCUACAUGCAAGCAUCCCGAUCAAUCUAUACGGCUUCAUCGAUCUUCUCUCCCACUUCUACCAAGAGAUUCAAUCAAGCAAGCAGGAGCUGCCAGAAGAAGCCAUUGAACUGAUCUCACGUACACUAAGCUUUGCUCGAUCUCGCCUCCAAGGCACAGAUGACAAAGACUCCAUCCAGUCCCAUCUGACCGCGAUAUCGAAUCUCAGCAAGGUGAUCGAGUCAGCGCACCCCGUCGCCUUAUUUGGUAUCGGCACCUUCGCCAUGUUCGAGGUCUGCUGCGGCCCAUUCGGACAAUGGGACCGACAUCUCCAAGGUGCACGAUCUCUACUUGACCUACACUGUCACAACCAAACAGAUAUCAACAAUCUCACGCAACAAAUUCCAGGCCUCGCGGAUGUCCUCGCCUACCUCGUUUGGUUCGACGUGACGGGGACCUUAGUCCGUGAAGACGGGGCCCUCAUCUUCGACGACUGGCACCGGAAUAUUCUUCACCGGUCCUUUUUCUCUUCUGUAGGCUGUCCGCCAGAUACAUACGACUUGUUCGUACACCUUGCGAAGGCCUCCGAGACCGAAUCUAGAUCCAAGAAGGACUGCAGCAUUGCAGAACUCAGUACAAUGGCCAUGGACCAAGUACUGCGCCAGGACCCGACAGAUCUAACAGACCGCGGCCUCGCAGCCGCAGUAUACCGAUAUGCAGGGGCAAUCGUUGCAUUUGCCCGUCUGUCCACACACCAAGACCAAGACCAAAAUCAAAAUCAAGACCAACCUCCGAGCCUGACUUCAGAUCAGAAACAAUCCAAAACACCCACCCACCCAGAAGUAUUAUCAAACAUGGUAGAUCGCGUAUGCAACGCAAUCUCUCCGACUCCCCACAUCCUCACGUUUCUACGUACACCUCGCCACGCCCGUCUAUGUAAGCGGGAUCCACGCAAUGCACGCACGCCAGUGCGAGGUUAUUCGCAACUACUGGCGGAAUUGUCGGCUCUGCGAGUUCCCGCGUUAUCCGGAUGGUCAGGAGCAGUGUGA